AUACGUGAAGUAUGUUGUCCCGAGUAGUUGAUGCCUCCAUACACUGAAGAACACUGGCCUGUCCAGCUGAGCCAAGAGUGUAUGUGAUUCUUACACACUAAGCAACCACCCCCGCAAUACCACUGUGGCCGAUCAUCAACGACUGGACUUUACCCAGCUCACCCCAACUGUCGUUUGUUCAUCACUCACGGAGGGUUGAUGAGUCAACACGAGGUGUUACAUGCAGGGGUGCCGGUCGUGGCCAUUCCUUUCUUCGGCGACCAGAAAAUUAACGUGGGUUUUCUACCAACAUCUGGGAGUUGGAGUAAAAUUGGACUUUGCAACUAUCAGCGAAGAUACUGUUUAUAAAGCGGUCACCACAGUGCUGAACGACAGAAGGUACAAGGACAAUGCAGAGAUGAUAUCAAGGAUAGUGAGGGACCAGCCGAUGUCACCUAUAGACUCAGCAGUGUACUGGAUAGAGUACGUGCUAAGACACCGGGACACUCAGCACCUCAGGCCUGCCUCAGCAGUGCAGCCCUGGUAUCAGCUUUGGUUGCUGGAUGUGGUUGCUGCUGUUCUUGUCUUUAUCUGCUUGACUUUCCUGAUUCUCUACAAGAUCAUUAAGUGGUUUGUGAAUAGUUUGCGUGGCAGACCGAUUCCGAAAGUACACAACGAAUAGAAAGGGAAAUAAAUAUGCCAAAACAACA